UAAAAUUUAGCAGAAGAAGCAGAAGUUUGUGUGCAACUUGAAUUAUUUGAAAAAGUCAAAAAGUGAAACAGAGCUUAAUAAAUAGCAUAAUUAGCACAGGAAGUGGAAAUUAGUACAAAACCAGACAUAUUUGAAACCGUUGAACAGUGAAACAUAGCAAAAAGCAUAAAUUAGCAGAAGCAGAAAUUAGUACAAAACCAGAAAUAUUUGAAGAAGUGAAACAUAGCAAAACAAAUAGCAUAAAGGAGCAAAAGAAGCAGAACAUUUUUAUAUUUGAAUCGACCGAAAAAUGUGAGCAGGAUCUUAAUAAGUGAGAAUGCAGUAAUGCAUUCUCAUUGAUUAAAAGAUUCGGCUCAUAGCAUUUGGAGCUCACAAAAUAUCACAUAAACGUAAGUGAAAAUACUGUACCAACAAUUUGGACCGCAGCAAAAGCCAAACAUGCCACAAUUAAAUAAAUCAAAAUAUCCCAAAAGCAUCAGCUGACUGGCAUAGGGGCUACCGAGAGACUCCAGCUAGAUUCCAGCACAGAGAUUCGCAGCGCAGCAGCUUGCUCUUCAUGCAGGGCUGGCCCAAGGUAAUAUGGGGCCUUAGACAGAAUCAUGACUUAGGCUCCAUGAUCCCCUCCUACUAAGAACCUCAGCAUCACUAACAGUGAUUAAAUAGGGAUUUACUGAAGUCUUUUGACAGGGAGCCCAGAUUAACCAUUUUAACUCACUGUAGUUGUUUUACAGUUAUGUCUCUGUGUUGUAGAAAUCACUACUUGUUUGUUUCUGACCUCAGGCUGAGCCUCAGCCCAUAACAGAGGUGGAUCUCUUUAUCUCCACUCAGAGAAUCAAGGUGCUCAAUGCAGACUCCCAGGAAACCAUGAUAGACAAUGCUUUGCGAACCAUCUCCUACAUUGCUGAUAUUGGCAACAUUGUGGUUCUGAUGGCCAGGAGAAGGUUGCCUCACUGUGACUCUCAGGAGAAUGUGGAGGUUUCAGACCCAAGUCAGGACAGUAAGCACCAGCACAAGAUGAUUUGCCAUGUGUUUGAAUCUGAAGAUGCUCAGUUGAUUGCCCAGUCCAUUGGUCAGGCUUUCAGUGUGGCAUACCAGGAAUUCCUAAGGGCAAAUGGGAUCAAUCCUGAGGACCUUAGUCAGACAGAAUACAGUGACCUGAUGAGCACUCAGGACAUGUAUAAUGAGGAUCUUGUUCACUUCUCCAGGUCUGAAAACUGCAAAGAUGUGUGUAUAGAAAAAGCUAAAGGUGAGAUUCUGGGUGUGGUCAUUGUGGAGAGUGGAUGGGGCUCCAUUCUACCUACUGUUAUCAUUGCCAAUAUGAUGCAUGCUGGGCCAGCUGAGAGGUCUGGUAGAGUCAACAUAGGGGAUCAGAUCAUGUCAAUCAAUGGAACCAGUCUGGUUGGACUAUCCCUGUCAACUUGCCAGAGCAUCAUAAAGGUAUGUGCAUGAUAUUUAACAGUCAGGUGCUCCAGACUGUCAUUGGCCAGCGUUUCCAGGGUGUACUAUCCUGUUAGAGAUGGUCACUGCCACUGAUGUGCCACAGAGUUUUGAA